GAUUUAUUUUAUUUAAUAAUGAUAGCAUUAUGGUAAGUACUGGAGACUAUGAAAAACAUUGGAUAAGCAUCAACUGACUUAUCUUUCUCGAUUGAUUCUUCUAAGAUAUAACAAAUAUAAGCAGUUUAGAAUAUCUCAAGUAAGGAGCAACCAUAAGAACUUAGGCAUCUUUUGGUUCAUCAAUAUAAGAGAUUUGUGCCAUUUAGAUUUCCUCCUAAAAUUAUUUGGAUUAUCCAAAUAAAUUUCUUUGCAAAUCCUCUAAAGCUUAGUCUUCGUAUUUAUCUCCGAUAUUAUUUGAUGAAUGAAGUCUCAAACAAAAUCGAUGAGUCGGCUUCCCCAAUUCCUAAGAAUGAUUAAGUUUAGAGUAAAUCUGGUUUACUUCCUUGUUUUAAUUCCCUUAGCAUAUGAUGACAUUUAAAAACACUAGUUUGAAGUUCUGAAAAUAUUUAAUCGUGCCUAGUUAGAGAUGAGGCAUUUUAAAAUCCUCAAGGAAAUCACUCCUAAUGAUUUCUUUGGUCAAAGAUUGAUUCAGAUUUACAACCUUAUUACACAUUUUGGGACUUAUAAAGCUCUUUUGAGCUGAGGAGCAAGUUUCGACAACGAGACACGAAAUUUGCAUUAAAAUGAUGAUAAAAUCUAAAAGUCUGAUUAGUUGUAAUGAAAUCGGCAUAAUUUUAGAGUUCUGAAGAACGCUGUAAUAUUAACUAUUUUUAGACAUUAAAGAAUCUGCAGCUAAUAUAAUUUAUAUAACUACAAAAAUAUUUACGCAGAUCGCUUAUCUCAGGGGAUUCUUAAAGCUACCUCUCUUCUCUGAUUCCAAAUUGGAUACCUGUAAAAGAAAAGAGAGGUUGAUAAUGAAUUGAUUUAAUAUUUCUCUGGAGCCUAAUUCUAAUCCAAGCGAUAGCUUUAAAAUCCAUUAACAGGAAGAUUAGGAAGGCUUCUUAAUAGUUGAGCUUAUGUACAAAAAUUGCAUUUCCAUAUUAUAAGUUAGCAUUUAAGAAUAAUUUCAGUGUUGGAAUUUUUCUAAAUUUUCUCCGAUUUGGAGUAUCCAUUAAGAGAGAGUGCUGAAAAUCUCAUGGAGCUAAAGCCACUAUGAUUUGAUCUGAAAGCCAUAGGUUGCAUUCGGCACACCAUUUAUAAGUUUAAGAAGUCUCAUUAUUUUAGACACCUGAUGGCCAACUUUAGGAUUUCAUCGUGCCAUUAAAUAUUCUUUGGAGGAGAGCUACCCAAUUAGAAGCUAGGUUUAUGACUUAUCUAUUGUUAUUAAGAAUAUUUACAGGGGAAAUAGGUAUCCUCUGAACAGAUAUCCAAUAUCUGCACAACAAUUCUUGCUUAUUAUUAUUAAUCAUUGAUUUAUAAAUAUCAAGCCAACCAAUCUGCUAGAGUCUUAUUAAAUUUGGCUGCUAAGAUGGUUCUUUAGGCGGUAUUUAUUUGGAGAAAAUUGAAAAUUUUAAUAGUUUGAAGCGUUCGUUUAAAAAUAUUGAUCCCGAAAAUUCAAGAAGUAGAAGGCAAAAAUAUAAGACAAGUUAUCACAUAAAAUUUAAGGUUAAUUUCUUGAAUAAAUUUGAAAUACAAGCAUCUGUGAAUUUGAUAUAAUUCCCUUAUGUAAAUUUCUGAGCAACUCUAUUUCUAUUAAAAUGGGGCUUGACUGUUUUCGCAAAGUUAUGAAUAUACCAAAGAACACUUUUUUAUUUUGUUAAAUUUCCCAGUGCCAAUCUUCUUCUAUGAGUUUAACUUAAGUUAUAACCACAUCUUAUCAGAAUAUAGGUUAAUUUUGAUUUUAAAAAUAGUUCUUGCAGCUCAAUGCCCUGCUGGAACAGACACCUCCAUGCAGGUCAAAAGUUUUGCUUUCAGAUACAACACUUUCACAAAUAUUGAUGUUGUCAAUGGGAUCUCAUGUCCAGAUAAUUCAUGAGUCUUUCUUACUUCAAAUGGUUUCAAAAAUAGCUGGAACAGAGUCAGUCUCUUCAGGUUUGAUUCCAGCCUCAACAUGGUGUGGGAGUUCAACCUUGAUGAUAACAUUGCUAAGAACGGAAUCGCUUUGCACUCAUCAGGAUCUAACUUGGUCUUGGUGACUCAGUCAACAGCUGAGUGUCUUCUUGUCAAGCUCGAUAGUGCAACCAGAUCCAUUGUUGAGCAACUCAAGAUUGGAAGUGCUACUGACUGAGACUCUCUAACAUUCUCUGAUGAUUACUCCAGCAUCUAUGUUUCAGGCAAAGUUUCUUCGAGUCCUCAUGUGUUCAAAAUUGGAUAUGCAGACUUUGGAACUACUUCCAUUACUUCGAUCCCAGUCAGUAUGAAUUCUGUGUACUCUAUCCACUCGUAUGUGAGUUCAGGACAAGAACUCUUGAUGAUCAGUGGUGCAGUGACGAGUCCCACUCAAUCCUACAGCUUGGUGUCAGUCAACUACGACACAGCCACUCAACAAUGGGCCAAGAAGUUAGACUGUCCAACUGCAUGAGUGUUGACUGGAACAAAUGAUGCAUUGGUUUUAGAAUCUCACAACAGAGUCGUCAGCUAUUUCUUAGAUACAAAGCCUAUCCUUUAUGUGAGUAACCUUGCAGAUGGAACUCUUGUGGGAUCCUACGUUCCAGACUUUACCCAGAGCAAUCUUGAAAUCAGUAGCAUCACUUACUCAGCUUCGUUCAGCAAAAUGUUCUUGCUGAUGAAGUAUGAUACUGGAGCAUACAAACUCGAAUAUGAUCCUGCAACUGGUUCAUUCUCGAAUGCUUACGUAAGCACUGCAAUCAGACCAGGAUGGAUCCUUGAAGCUGGAGGCCACACUUUGAUCGGAUCUGGAGUCCAUAGUGAUGCUGAUGUCAUGGGAGUGUCUCGACUAGCCUCCAAUGGAGAAGCUGGGAUCAAUACUGAUGUUACUUUUACUUCUACAUCAAAUUCAUUAGUUGCAUCAACUGGGUAUUCUUACUCUAACGAUGCCACAUUGUUUGUUUCAGCUGUUUCUGGGGCUGUCACGAAAGAAAGCUCUAAUGUUGGAACAAACAAUUUGCCAGCCACAAAAAUUUCAAACACUUUGGAUUUCGAGUCUGAAGUGAUAUUUAAAACAGAAAAUUAUGUGUUGGAUACAUCUGCAGGAGCUACCGGAAAUAUUCCAAAUUUCUUUCCAUGCUCGAUCAGUGGAUCAACUUCAAUAAGCUCUGCGAUUGAUGCCCAUUUAAAUGGUCAGCCAAAGCCUUCGUGGAUAACUGUUGGGGCUGACUUGCUUUCAUUUGACUACACUGUUCCGUCUUCAGCAGGAGGUCAAACAUUUUAUUUCACUGGCAAGAGCACUGUUGAUGGACAGACAUAUUUACAAGAUGUUCAGAUUAAUGUGGCCAUAAGCUCAAACCCACCAUCGACUCCUUCAAUUCCAAGUUCUUCUUCAUCCUCUUCUUCAACUUGUAGAAUUUCAAACUGUAAGACUUGAAGUUCGUCUGAAUGUACUGCUUGUGAAGAUGGUUAUACAUUGAUCAACUCUCAAACUUGAGUUGCAGUUGACUGAAAUCUCAACUUUAACUCUUCAUUAGUUAUUGCUGGCUUUGUAGGUGCAAUGACUACAACCACGCUGUCAGGAGUAUUGUUUCAAUCAUCUUCUCAAAACAUGUGGGCUAUGCUAAACCAAUACCAACUGUUCAUGAUGAUUCCAUUUCUGAGAGCUGACCUGCCUCUUGAAUUUAGAAGGAUCAUCAAAGCAAUUCAAACCAGCAUCCUAAACAUUAACAUUCUGAACACAAGAAGCCUUCCAGGGUUCCAGAGUAUCAUCGAGCAACUGGAUUAUGAGAACCCGUAUGCAGAGUUCAGAAACAACGAGUAUGAAUCAGGGAGCGCCUUCGUCAACUGAUUCGACCUGGUUGUUACUCUGGUUGGCUCGGUGAUCUUAGGGUUGUGAGUGCACCUUGCUUUAAAGCUUAUUUGAACCCAUAGAAAAAAUAACUCCCAAUCGAAAUUCUAUGACUAUGUCUUAUCUUUGUUGUACUUUAAACUGUAUUUGAGAUAUUUCUUGGAAAUUUUCUUGUUUGUGUGACUGAUCUCAAUGAGCGAGGUUUCCAGACAAAUUAGGGCCCUAAAUCAUACAGCUUCAUUAUGCUUAAGUGCUUCGGGACUUGUCGCAAUAUUUUCUCUCAUGGUGUUAGUGGUAAUUUUAUUUUUCUUGGUGAGAAAUCCUCAAGAAAACAAGUAUGUGAAAGAACUUUAUGAAGGAUUUAAGAUACAACCAUUUUCUCAACUUCAUAAUUUAACAUUCCUUCUCAGAAGAUUGCUGGUUGUACUGGUUAUAGUAACAAUGAGAUCAUCUCCUAUAAUGUUCAGACUGUCAGUUUACUCCAUGCUACAAUUAUUGUCUCUGAUAUUCACUGUAAUUGUUCUCCCAUAUAGAGAAAAGUGCUCUAACAUCGUUGAGAUUGUGAAUGAAACAUCUUACUUUAUCAUAAUAUUUCUGACUCUUUGCAGACAAAAUGUUGAUUCAAGGAUACUAAACGAAGUGCUGAAUAACUCAAUUGUUUGCAACACAUUCAUGGUAGCUGUAAUAUAUGCCAUAAAACUGAUUUAUGAAUCUAUAAAGUACAUUAAUUUGAAGAGGAGAAGGAAGAGGGUGCAACCUCUCACCAAAAAAGUAACUGUACAUAGCAGCAAGAGGUUAAAUAGCAUCCAGAGGGACCUGAAUGCUUCAAUAUCAAUAAACCAAAAAGAGGAUAUGAGACAGCAGAAUGCUGACACUACUAAAGACAUUAGCAAAGAAAUAGAAAUCAGCACUGAACGCAAGCUGCUGCCCAGAGAGAUUGCAGUUCCGUACCGUAUGUUUAAGAAAUCCAAGUUCUCUAAACCUAAGAAAGUUGUGAUGAAUUAGAAAGACAUUAUGCCUGGUCUGGACAAUC